AUGUACGGAUAUAUAACAAUAUUUCUUAUUGUAUUGAGUUUACCUGAUGAAAUAUCGGGGGUAUUUAAACUAACAAAUGCCAUUUGUGAGUCUCAUAACAAGUCAUGGGCUGUUAUUAACAAGUGUCGAUUAAAAGCUCUCCGGCGAGAUACCACAGCACUCUAUAUUAACGUAACACUUGUGGAGCCUGUGAAAAAUACAAUACUAAAUAUGGCGAUUCUGAAAAAGGCAAAUGGUUACAAACCAUUUCUGUACAACAUUACCCUUGAUACUUGUGAAUAUCUGGCAAAGCGGAAUAAUCCUCUCAUGAAUCUCAUAUUCAAGUUUGUUCAAAAAUAUUUGGAAAUCGGCAACUGGUGUCCCUAUGAGGGAUUCGUUAUAGUGAAAGGCUUAUACUUGAAAACGGAAUACCUGCAAAGUCUUCCUCUUCCCGAUGGUGAAUACAUCUUAGCAGGAAAUUGUUUUAAUCUGACUUUCACAGAAUUCACAUUAACCCAGAAAACAGAGUUUACAAAGCACAUCAUAUACGAUCUGUAUACUAGCUCCAAUCCUAAAAAUCCUCAAGUCAUAAAAUUGUAUGAUUAUUUUUCCAUCAAAAAGUCAAAUUACAACACACGACUCAGAACAAAGAUUAUGAUACAUGGGUGGAUCCCAGAUUUUGACAAAAGAUAUACUUAUGUUGUGCGAGACGCAUAUUUGGGGAUUAACAACUUAAACUUUAUUGAAGUUAAUUGGACCUAUUAUUCAAGACUAGACUAUCCUGUGGUAAUUAAAUUAUUACCCAGAAUAGGAGAGGAAAUAGCAAAAUUAGUUGAUUAUUUAAAUGUAAAGUUUAAACUUGAUUUUGAUGAAGUCAUACUGAUUGGGCAUAGUAUGGGUGCACAUGUGGCAGGUUUUACUGGGAAAUAUGUGAAACGUGGAAAAAUAGCCGGUAUUGUUGGAUUGGAUGCUACACGUCCUCUUAUUACUUAUAAUAUUCCUGGCACGCAUUUAGAAGCCACUGAUGCUAAGUAUGUUGAAACACUACAUGUUACAACCUUCAGGGGCACAUUAAUGCCUAUUGGAAAUGUUUCUUUUUAUCCCAACUGGGGGAGAAAACUACCAGGUUGCAAUGAAGGUGAUAUUGAUUAUUGUUCUCAUGAAAAAGCACCGGCACUUUAUGCAGCAGCAGUAGGAGGUUACCCACUUGGACCAUAUUAUAAAUGCAUGUCGUUUGAAAAUAUUGUAGAAAAAAGCGAUUGUAAUGAAUUAGCUGUUAAUGCUAAAAUCGGUGAUCCAUUAGACAUUGAACAAGUUAUGGGUAUAUAUUAUUUGGAAAUAAAAGAUGGUGACAUUUAGUUAUAUAUUCCAUUUAAUAUAUA